CACGAUUUGAUCGUUGGUUUUUAUAGAAGAAUAUGAGAGAAUAUUCGAAUUUUUGCAUAAUUUUAUCCAGCUUCAUCGCAGUUGUCGUUUAUACCCAAGACGUUUACAAUAUGAGUGGAGUACAAUUAAUCCAAUUACUUGGGGAGGUCAUACAAGUUAGGGAAGGAGAUGUAAGAGACGCAGAUGUAAGCUUUUAUUUAUCAACAAGAAAAAACUCGAAAGCACCAAAACUGAUCGAGAGGGAAAACAAUAAGGAAAUAGACGUGAGAAAACCCACGAAAUUCAUCAUACAUGGGUGGAUCGAAAAUUACAAAGUUGGUUGGUAUGAAGAUAUGAAAAAUGAAUUAUUGAAAUACGAAGAUGUCAACGUCAUAUAUGUGGAUUGGGAAAGAGUCGCGAAAUCUUAUUACAUUUCAUCUGCGAAAAAUACGAAGUUAGUAGGAGAUCUCAUCGGCCGUUUCACGGUGGAAAAUAGAUUUCCACCAGAGAAUGUCCAUCUCAUCGGCCAUUCUCUGGGAUCACAUGUAGCAGGAUUCGCCUCUAAAUAUUUCAAAAGGUCUACAGGUUCGCGGAUCAAAAGAAUUAGUGCGUUAGAUGCUGCAGGUCCAUACUUCAGACUUCCCGAUAUCAGUGAGAACGAAAAACUGAGCAGAGAUGAUGCAGAAAUUGUGGAUGCAAUGCACACCGAUGCCAGGUUCUUAGGAAUGGAAAGUCCUGUUGGAACUCUAGAUAUUUACGUUAAUGGCGGAAGUAGGAGACAACCAGGUUGUAACGAUGGAGGUUUGAGUUUGGAACUGCACGAGGUACUGAAAAACAAUCUAUGCAGUCAUGCGAGAAGUCAUCAAUAUUUCAUCCAGUCAAUAAACAAUGCUGACAUAGUCUGUAAAAAAUGCAGUUCUUAUGAGGGCCUCAAGAAUAACGAUUGUAGUGAAAGUGAUGUAUAUAGGAUAGUCCAUCAGAAUAUUACCAGCGAUAUGAAAGGGAUAUGUGCUGCAUUUACUAGUACUUCACCUCCAUACUUCGUUUGAGGGACUCAC